AUGAGCGGGCGGGUGUUAGAAGUGUUCCGAGGGCUGCCGCUGCUGCCGCUGAGCCAUGAGAUAGUAGCGCGGUGCUGGGACCGGAUGGUCCGGCAGCGCGACGUGUACUACCAGUUUGCAGUGCAUGUGAGCCACUGCCAUGAGCGGCUGAGCACGCGCAACCUGCUGAGGCUUGUGACGCAUGUGCACCACGUUUUAGCGCCGAUGAACGAGCUACCCGCGCACCUGCGGCAGUACCAGUCUGAGUACCACGCGCUGGUGGCCAGCUGGCCUACUGUCACUGAGCGGCAGAUCCUGGACGCGAUGGAGCUGGGCAAGGGGAUGGCGGUACGAAUCCCACACAACAAGACGCUGAGGCAGAUGUUCGAGCAGCAUGAGUGGCUCGUGCAGCAGCGGCUGCUUGACGAUAAGCGCCUGAAGAGACGGCGGCUACUGCGGUGCGAAGUGCAGAUGGCAACACCCACCACCAAUGGCAGCACCAACGGCAACACCAACGGCAGCGAGAUCUCGUUCCGGCAGUGUCCGUUGACAAUCCGGGAGCUGACGCCGCUGGGAGCGCUGGAGUCAGAGGCGAAGUUCAAGAACAGAGUGCGCAGCGACGUGCACUCGCUGUGGCGGCUGCUGGCGGUGCAACACCCGCCGCUGUCCCGACCCCACGCCGACGAACUGGUCCGGACACUGAAGCGCACUCUAGGCACAUCUAGGACAGACAGAUCCAUUGCGCGCGCGUACCUGCAGCUACUGCAGAGAGCGUACACCUAUACGUACACGUACACAGACACAGAAGCAGAAGCACAGCUGCAGUACAGCCGGGUAUCGCAGCUAGUAUCGCACUAG